GUGCAUCACCAACAAACCUCUCCCUUCAACAAUUGUGCUUCGUCUACCACUGUACCUCGUCCACGAAAGGGCUCAACAGAUACUACAAUUCAAUUGUGUCAUCUCACCCUACGACUUAGAACUUCGAAGCUUCCUGUGACGAAAAGUCACCUCUCCUUCAUUUCGCCUGAUCUCGAAAUAGAAACGUGUCCACUCUUGAUCGCAUUGCGAUUCAGUUUCCAACAUGAAUAUCUUCAGACUUCUAGCGGACUUUUCGCAUCUCAUAUCUAUACUCAUUCUUUUGCAAAAGAUGAAAUCCACCAGCAGCUGCUCGGGACUGUCAUUCAAAUCACAAGUACUAUAUUUAAUUGUUUUCGUUACACGUUACUUAGAUAUCUUCUGGACAUUCACGGACUCUCUAUACAACACCGUCUUCAAGAUUCUCUUCAUCAGUACUUCGACUUAUACUAUCUAUCUCAUGCUCAAUGAUUACAAGCCGACCCAGGACCCAAACACCGACACAUUCAAGGUGGAAUACCUUCUUGGUUUCAGUGCCCUUCUGGCCGUCCUCUUCCCUCGGGAAUAUACUAUUUCCGAGAUUCUCUGGACAUUUUCGAUCUGGCUGGAAUCCGUCGCGAUCUUACCUCAAUUAUUCAUGCUUCAACGAACUGGCGAGUCAGAUACUAUUACCACCCACUAUCUCUUUGCAUUGGGUCUCUAUCGAGCGCUAUACAUCCCUAACUGGAUCUAUCGGUAUUUCUUCGAGGGCUUCUUCCGUGCGGUCCCAGUUCUUGCUGGGAUUAUUCAGACUAUCCUCUAUUCCGACUUCUUCUAUAUCUAUUAUACGAAGGUGAUGAAAGGAAGGAAAUUUUCUCUUCCGGUUUAAAUCAUGACUUGAUGAAUCCGACGUCAGUGGGUCACCUCUUUUAUGUCAAUAUGCCUUUAUACCCAUCAUGAAUCGGGUGGUUUCUCGACUGCUACAUUCUGAGUCUACAUUGUUCUCUAAAUGAGCAGCUGGUGACGAGAGAACGAAAUCAGUUAAGCAUGAUUGGGUUUUCUUCUCUUUUCUUUCGGGAAUAACCAGCAAAAACAUUAUUAUAUACCACUGACUGUGCUAUCGCUGUUAGCAAAUAAGUGGGAUAUGCAAAUUGGUCCUUUUAAUCAGGGCAUGAAUCUGUUUCUUGUUUUCAUGUACGCAUAUGAGUCUUAUUUAGUAAAUGUACUUUAGUCACGAGUC